AUGAAGUAUUACUUGCUACCGGAUGAAGACGAGCCACACCGCACUUGCAAGAGCAAGAACUUUAUCGGAAAGGUAAUGUUCUUAACUGCAAUUACCCGCCCAAGAUUUGAUGUUGAAGGGAACGAAACAUUUUCUGAUAAAAUAGGUGUUUUUCCGUUCAUCUACAAAGAGCCAGCAAAGAGAAAUAGUGUAAAUAGAGUUGCAGGAACUCUUGAAACAAAAUCCAUCACUUCAGUCAAUAGAGAAAUUUGUAGAAAGUUUUUGAUCGAAAAAGUUAUUCCUGCCAUAAAACAAAAGUGGCCAAGAGAUGAAAUAGGCCAACCAAUUUUCAUUCAACAGGAUAACGCAAGAUGUCACGUCAAUGAGAACGACAUUGAAUUUCGUCAAGCUGCCUCACAAGAUGGGUUCGACAUUCGACUGAUGUGUCAACCUCCCAAUUCCCCUGAACUAAAUGUCUUAGACCUUGGCUUCUUCAGUGCCAUUCAAUCACUGCAACAUAAGGAAGCACCGAAGACUAUUGAUGAUCUAGUUGCGGCAGUGGAAAAAUCAUUUGAAAUAUUUCCAUCCCACUUGAGCAAUAAGAUUUUCAUAUCACUACAAACAUGUAUGGUAGAAAUAAUGAAGGCAAAAGGUUCGAACAAAUUCAGUAUUCCACAUAUAAAGAAAGAUGUUAUGCAAAGACAAGGACGACUACCGGUGUCUAUCAAAUGUGAUUCAUCAUUAGUGGAAGAAGUGCUUGAUCAUUUGAAUUCGCAUUAG